AAUCGAAAUGGCUAACCCAAGACAGGACUUGGCGAAUACACUCAGCGAAGCCGGGGUGGAAUUUCCGCCAUCAGCUACAACGCAACAGCUACGCAAGCUACUGCAAAACGUAGUGGGAGCUGGAGCAAAUGCCUCGACUUCUGCUCCUGAAAAUGCCGCCGAUUUAAAUGAAAUUGCCGAUGCUACUAGUACUGCCAAUGCCGCUAACGCAGCUUUUACCGCCGACGCCGACAAUGUGCCAACCGCCGCUCGCAUCGCCGAUUCUGCCGAUAUUACCAAUGCCGAUGCCGCCUACAAUACUGAUGCUGCCUACAACGCCGCUGCCGCUUACAAUGCCGAUGCCGCCUACAACGCCGCUGCCGCUUACAAUACCGAUGCCGCUAGUAUCGCUGAUAUUCCCGGCCAUGCCACUGCCGGUAAUACUGCCGCCACCAUUGACGCCGUCAAUACUGCCGGAGACCUAAAUAGGGGUCAAAGGACCGCACCAAGACUUGGUGACCUAGACGAGGAGGUUACAGCCCUCAAGAAGCGUCUUGAGAUUUUGACGCUUAUGAGGCAAAUAGAGGAGCUUGAGUGCCGGGCCCCCCAUAAAAAGCAAACGCCGGCUAGACUUUGGGGACAUCGAGCAUGCUCUGCCCAAAUUCAACGGCGAUGA